CUCCACCCACUUUGCUGCACCCCGAAAAAUGGUGUGAGGAAUUUAACCACUUCAUUUCACAGUGUCUUAUUAAAGAUUUUGAAAAGCGGCCUUUGGUCACCCAUCUCUUGGACCACCCAUUCAUCCAAGGAACUCAAGGCAAGGUUUUGUUUCUGCAAAAACAGCUGGCCAAGGUGCUCCAGGACCAGAAGCGGCUGAACCCUGUGGCUAAAACCAGGCAUGAGAGGAUGCAUACCAGAAGACCCUACCGUGUGGAGGAUGCCAGCAAGCGCUGCCUAGAGGAUGACUUGGUCAACCUUGAGGUCCUGGAUGAGGAUGCAAUCAUCUACUGGCUGCGGAAGCGGUACGAAGAGGCGCUGAUCUACACCUACGUGGGGGACAUUCUAAUCGCCUUAAACCCCUUCCAGAAUCUAAGCAUAUACUCUCCACAGUUUUCCAGGCUUUAUCAUGGGGUGAAACGUGCCUCGAAUCCCCCCCACAUAUUUGCAUCUGCAGAUAACGCCUAUCAGUGUUUGGUCACCUUCAGCAAAGACCAGUGUAUUGUCAUCAGCGGAGAGAGCGGAUCAGGGAAGACGGAAAGCGCCCAUCUGAUCGUUCAGCACCUGACGUUUUUGGGAAAGGCCAACAAUCAGACCCUACGGCAGAAGAUUCUCCAAGUGAACUCCCUGGUCGAAGCCUUCGGCAACGCCUGCACCGCCAUCAAUGGCAACUCCAGCCGCUUCGGGAAGUAUCUGGAAAUGAUGUUCACGCCAACCGGAGCUGUGUCGGGGGCGAGAAUCUCUGAGUACCUCCUUGAAAAAUCCAGGGUUAUAAAGCAGGCAGCGGGAGAGAAAAAUUUUCACAUAUUUUACUACAUUUAUGCUGGCCUUUAUCACCAAAAGAAACUUUCUGAGUUUAGGCUUCCUGAGGAAAAGCCUCCUAGAUACAUAGCUGCCCAGACUGGAAGAGUCAUGCAGGACAUCACCUCCAAGGAGUCCUACCGGAGGCAGUUUGAAGCUAUCCAGCAUUGCUUCAGGAUUAUUGGGUUCACUGACAAGGAGGUGCAUUCCGUGUACAGAAUUCUGGCUGGGAUUUUGAAUAUCGGGAACAUUGAGUUUGCAGCGAUUUCCUCUCAACACCAAACUGAUAAAAGUGAGGUGCCCAAUGCCGAAGCUUUGAAAAAUGCUGCCUACGUGCUCUGCAUCAGCUCCGGAGAGCUCCUGGAGGCCCUCACAUCCCACUGUGUGGUCACGCGAGGCGAGACCAUUGUCCGAGCCAACACCGUGGACAGGGCUGCAGACGUCAGGGACGCCAUGUCGAAGGCCCUUUAUGGGAGGCUGUUCAGCUGGAUUGUGAAUCGAGUCAACACUCUCCUGCAGCCGGAUAAAAACAUAUGGCAAGUCCCCUGGGAAGCCGAGGCCCGGACACCAGGCAUCCCUUAG